GAACGUGUGCUCGCUUAAAGCGAAGGGGCGCUUAUAUACUUCCCUACACCCAGUUAACUUGUAAUCGCAUAUGUUAAAUGAAAAGUCAUCAAAUGAACUUGAUAAUACUGAUGAAUUAAAUGUUAAUCUGUAUUUAUCUAUGCACCUAUAUAACUGAACGCACAGCUUUUAUGCUGGCUCAUUAUGUGUUGUUAUAACUGUCCCUAUUUAUUGAAAACGUCAUUAUCUGUGGAUUAGAAGGCGGCGCUAUCGGUGAGUUAAAACUCUUAACGUACUGCGACUCCUCUACCCGUUCUACCAGUCACCGACCGCCGCCAUGGAGGCCGAGAGGGAGCGACUCAAGAAAGUGGCGUGUGCCACCAUAGACGCGGCCGCGGACGACCUGGCGGCUCUGAGCGCUGGCAUCUGGGAACAUCCGGAACUCAACUUCGAGGAACACCAUGCGCACAAAGUGUUGGCUGAUUUUCUAGAGCGACACGGUUUCGAGACGCAGCGCUCGUACAAACUGGAGACGGCGUUCAGGGCGUCUCACGGGUCACGUGCGCACGGCCCUAAUGUCACAUUUAUUUGUGAAUACGACGCGCUGCCGGAAAUAGGCCAUGCAUGCGGACACAACCUUAUUGCAGAGCUGGGGGUCGCGGCGGGGCUCGGACUUAAGGCGGCGAUAGAAGCUUCAGGGAAGCCACUGGGUCAGGUGACUGUGGUGGGAACACCGGCAGAGGAAGGGGGUGGUGGCAAAGGCAAACUCAUAGAACACGGCGCAUUUGAUGACGUCGAUGUCGCCAUGAUGUCACACCCUUUUCCGGCCAAUGACGCAAAACCGCGAGCACUAGCUAUUGAAAUAUUUGAGGUUGUAUACCGCGGACAGGAGUCUCACGCUGCCGGAUAUCCUUGGAAAGGCGUGAACGCUCUGGACGCGGCCGUGAUGUGCUACCAGGGACUUGCCUGCCUGCGACAGCAAUGCAUGCCGGACUGGAGGAUACACUGUAUAAUUCUGGAAGGCGGUGUAAAAGUGAACGUGAUUCCGGCUAAGACGCGGCUGCACGUGGGCAUCCGGGCGCCGACAGACGCGCAGCUAGCCCGCCUCAAGGAGAAAGCAAUGAACGUCAUAGAGGCCGCAGCCAAGGCUACCGAGUGUCAGUUCGAGCAUUCCGUGAUUACCAAAUACGCGUCCGUCCUCCAUAACGGCGUGCUGGCGGACCUCUACUCGGCUAACUUGUCCGAUGUGCAGGCGGAGAGGGGACCGGAAGCCUACAAGGAAGCCCCGGGAUCCACCGACAUGGGCGACGUGUCACACGUACUGCCUGCCAUACACCCCAUGUUCUACAUUGGAGGCACAGCCGUCAAUCACACACGCGCCUUCACCGCGGACUCAGGUGCUGCCUGUGCCCAGAUGUACACACUCGCGCAGGCCAAAGCUCUAGCGCUGACCGGAGUGGAUAUCCUCACUGAUCCGUCGCUCAUGGACGCCAUUACGGCGGACUUCCGGCGGGGGCUAAAGGAAGAGCAAGAAACCGCCAAAUAAUGAAUAGGUGCUAUCGGUACAGCACAAUUUUUGAUGUCAACAUGUAUUUGAUAUGCUUGUAUUAGUAGCGAACUAUCGAUUCAACUAGGCAGAAUCCACAAACCAGACGACAUGGCGUUUUCAUUUCAUUCAAAACUGUAAUAUCUAGAGCCAAAAAAUGUAUUGUUACUUCUUUCAUGCUAACCAGCAAAAAUAGCACGCACGGCGUGUGUUCGUUUUGGUAGAUUUAUAGACUGAUCUCUGCGAAGAUUUUUCCUUCAUGAUCACGUUUUGAAAGUUAAAAUCGCCAUUUUUGUUGCGGUUGAUCAAGUAUGGUGAAUAUGGGAUUCGAAUUUGAAUUUAACUUUAUUUUUGCUAUAUAUUUGAAAUAUAUUUAAAUCGAUGCAUAUAUUUUGUCUUGUGACGUUAUUUCUGAAUGGCAUUUGAAACGUAUCAGUUUUAUUUGUCGCAAUACAAACACAAAUAGAUCACGUUUUAUUGCGCAAGGUCAGAUUUGAUUUAUAUAGAAUGUUAUAUUGUAUAAUAGGGUUAAAAAUUGUUCCAAUAGUAUUUCUUUGUAUCAAUCGAGUGUCAAUCUCAUAUAUGCCGAGAUGAGGGAGUUUCGAAGGUGAAACUAAAUAGCACGAGCAACGAGACGCCAUUUACGUCAGCAGUCACGCAAUCAAUCCCGUAAUUAUGUGAACUAACAAAUUUGGUUUGUAUGGACCAUAUACUGUUGUGGAUUAAAAUCCGUUUUAUUUGUCAAAAUAGUGCCGUCAUAUUGUGUAACGCCAAAUAACUUUUAUUUAUAUGUUGAUGAUAAGGCAUAACAAUUUUGUAUACCAAAGCUGUAACUGAAAACAUGAAUAUUUAUGAGGAUUACGUCCAAGGUAAACAGUCGGAUGAAGCUGCGUUCAAUGAUGGUUAAAACUCUGCUACUUUCGAAAACUUUGUAGAUGACAUUCACAUUGAAUGAAUUUGCUGAUUGCAUUUUCAGUGACUCUUACACUUAGCUCCAACUUUCGAAAUUGAUUAUUGUUUUGUUACAUAGCUCUGUAAUGACGUCAUUAAAACAUUGUCCAGCUA